AUGUCGGUGCCGCUGCUCAAGAUCGGGGCGGUGCUGAGCACCAUGGCCAUGGUCACCAACUGGAUGUCGCAGACGCUGCCCUCGCUCGUGGGGCUCAACGGCACCGUGUCCCGUGCGGGCGCCUCCGAGAAAAUCACGCUCUUCCAGAGCCCAGAAGAGGGCUGGCAGCUGUACACCUCGGCCCAGGCCCCCGACGGGAAAUGCAUCUGCACGGCUGUGAUCCCCGCGCAGAGCACCUGCUCCCGCGAUGGCAGGAGUCGGGAGCUGCGACAACUGAUGGAGAAGGUCCAGAACGUCUCCCAGUCCAUGGAGGUCCUUGAGUUGCGGACGUAUCGUGACCUGCAGUAUGUGCGCGGCAUGGAGACCCUCAUGCGGAGCCUGGACGCUCGGCUCCGGGCGGCCGACGGGUCCCUGUCGGCCAAGAGCUUCCAGGAGCUGAAGGACAGGAUGACGGAGCUCCUGCCCCUGGGCUCGGUGCUGGAGCAGUACAAGGCAGACACGCGGACCGUCGUGCGCCUGCGGGAGGAGGUGCGGAAUCUCUCGGGCGGCCUCGCGGCCAUCCAGGAGGAGAUGGGCGCCUACGGGUAUGAGGACCUGCAGCAGCGGGUGGUGGCUCUCGAGGCCCGGCUCCACGCCUGCGCCCAGAAGCUGGGCUGUGGGAAGCUGACUGGGGUCAGUAACCCCAUCACCAUCCGGGCCAUGGGGUCCCGCUUCGGCUCUUGGAUGACGGACACGAUGGCCCCCAGCGCGGACAGCCGGGUCUGGUACAUGGAUGGUUACUACAAAGGCCGCCGGGUCCUGGAGUUCCGCACCCUGGGAGACUUCAUCAAAGGCCAGAACUUUAUCCAGCACCUGCUGCCCCAGCCGUGGGCGGGCACGGGCCACGUGGUGUACAACGGCUCCCUGUUCUACAACAAGUACCAGAGCAACGUGGUGGUCAAGUAUCACUUCCGCUCGCGCUCCGUGCUCGUGCAGCGGAGCCUCCCGGGGGCCGGCUACAACAACACCUUCCCCUACUCCUGGGGUGGUUUCUCCGACAUGGACUUCAUGGUGGACGAGAGCGGGCUCUGGGCCGUGUACACCACCAACCAGAACGCGGGCAACAUCGUGGUCAGCCGACUGGACCCGCACACCCUGGAGGUUAUGCGGUCCUGGGACACCGGCUACCCGAAGCGCAGCGCGGGCGAGGCCUUCAUGAUCUGCGGCGUGCUCUACGUCACCAACUCCCACCUGGCCGGCGCCAAGGUCUACUUCGCCUACUUCACCAACACGUCCAGUUACGAGUACACGGACGUGCCCUUCCACAACCAGUACUCCCACAUCUCCAUGCUGGACUACAACCCCCGGGAGCGCGCCCUGUACACCUGGAACAACGGCCACCAGGUCCUCUACAACGUCACGCUGUUCCACGUCAUUAGCACCGCCGGGGACCCCUAGGCGCCGCCUGGCUCAGGCUGCCGCACAGCGGGGGCGAGGGGGGCUC